AUGGGCCACGGUGACACUGAGUCCCCGAACCCAACGACGACCACGGAAGGUAGCGGACAAAACGAGCCAGAGAAAAAGGGCCGUGAUAUUCCAUUAUGGAGAAAAUGUGUCAUUACGUUUGUUGUUAGUUGGAUGACUCUAGUCGUUACUUUCUCCAGUACUUGUCUUCUUCCUGCCGCCCCUGAAAUCGCGAAUGAAUUUGAUAUGACUGUCGAGACUAUCAACAUCUCCAAUGCUGGUGUCCUAGUUGCCAUGGGAUAUUCAUCCCUCAUAUGGGGUCCCAUGAACAAGUUAGUCGGCCGGCGGACAUCAUACAAUCUGGCCAUUUCAAUGCUUUGUGCAUGCUCCGCUGGAACGGCAGCGGCGAUAAACGAGGAAAUGUUCAUAGCGUUCAGAGUGUUGAGCGGCUUAACCGGAACCUCGUUCAUGGUCUCAGGCCAAACUGUUCUUGCAGAUAUCUUUGAGCCUGUUUACCGUGGGACGGCCGUAGGUUUCUUCAUGGCCGGGACUCUUUCUGGCCCUGCAAUAGGCCCCUGCGUGGGAGGGGUCAUCGUCACUUUCACGAGUUGGCGUGUUAUCUUCUGGCUUCAACUAGGUAUGAGCGGGCUGGGGCUCGUGCUUUCUCUGCUAUUUUUCCCGAAAAUCGAAGGAAAUUCUGAGAAGGUCUCAACGGCGUUUAAACCGACCACACUUGUCACAAUCAUAUCGAAAUUCUCCCCAACGGAUGUGCUCAAGCAGUGGGUGUAUCCAAAUGUCUUUCUUGCCGACUUAUGCUGUGGCCUCCUGGCAAUCACGCAAUAUUCGAUCCUGACUUCAGCUCGUGCCAUAUUCAACUCACGAUUUCAUUUAACGACUGCCCUAGUAUCGGGUCUCUUCUACCUCGCUCCAGGUGCCGGGUUCCUGAUAGGCAGUCUCGUCGGCGGUAAACUUUCGGAUCGCACCGUUCGGAGAUACAUAGUAAAGCGCGGAUUCCGUCUCCCUCAGGAUCGACUCCACAGCGGGCUCAUCACAUUGUUCGCCGUGCUGCCCGCAGGAACGCUCAUUUACGGGUGGACACUCCAAGAGGAUAAGGGUGAUAUGGUAGUGCCCAUAAUCGCGGCGUUCUUCGCGGGCUGGGGGCUCAUGGGCAGUUUUAACUGCCUGAACACUUACGUGGCUGGUUUGUUCCACACCCUCAUUUAUCUAUUCCCUUUGUGUACAUGCCCACAAUAA